GCCACGGUGCCAACGGAACUUAACUGAGGCAGUUACGCGAGAACACCCGUAGAGAUCGGAACAGCUAACCGGUAGCAGCCGAGGUUCAGUCUAGCUAGGAUCCAUUGAUCGAUAAAGUAUGGGCAAAGGCAAGGGCGGUGGUUCCGGUGGUGGUGGCGGUGGCGGUGGGGCCGGCCAGGGUGGUGGUAAAAAAGGCCCCCCAGCUGGUGCACCAGCCAAAGGUGGCAAUGACGCUAAAGGUGGUGCUGGGGGUAAAGCCGGUGGAGAUAAAGGAGGAAAGAAGGGUGGCAAAAAGUGAUGGCCUGCCGACGUUCAAUCCAUUCCCUGGCAACUAUCCCACACCGACGUUCUUCCGGAAGCGAUAGAAGGCGGACCAAUUCGGCAUGUGAUUUUUGGGCGUUAAAAAUUGAUUCUCACGCUGAAGUGUAUUUAUCGAUGGCUUUUCUGGUGCCGCGUCAAAUCUGGUCCCUGUGAACGAUGGCCAGUGCAGCACUCUUUUUGUGAUUAAAAAUUAAAUUCAAAACUAAUAACAAUCCGCUGCUGAAGUAUUUUCUAGCGCUCUAUCGCUCAAAACUAACAUUAUGCAAACUAUACUAUGCGCUGUUCUUUACCAUUUCUUUCUUCAUCGACGUGUGUUUUUCACCUAAAUCAAAUUGUUUAUCUACAAACUUGUGUAAGAAACUCGAAUAAAGUUAAAAGUUACAUUGUAUUGCA